CUAAACUAACCCUUUUAAAUCCAAGCCUUCGAAUCAUAAACAUCUCAUGAUCAUUACUAUGGAUAUUUUAUAAUAGAGAACAUUUUAUUUAUAUUUAAAUAAUAGUUUCUAUUUUCAUUUUGUUUCGUUAGUGUAGAAGGUUUUUCACACAAAAAGUCAUCAUCAUGACAGAGAAAGUAUCAGUGAAUAAUCGUUGUUACGAUGUAAUAAACGAUUUGAGCGACAGUGACAGUGGCGAUGAUUGGGAUGAAAAUGAAGAGACACAAAUUAUUUCGUGUCUAUUUUGUACGCAGGAAUACAAUGAUCGAUCGGAUGCCUUAAAACAUCUUGAGGUCUGUCACGAUUUCAGCUUACCAAACUUCAAGAUAAAGCAUGCCCUCGAUAUGUAUUCUUACAUAAAGCUGAUCAAUUUUAUUAGAAAAAAGAAUGUCUCUGCCUAUGAUCUCAAUGCCCUCAACAUUAAAAUCUGGGACAGCGAUGAAUAUUUAACUCCAUUCAUUCCAGACGAUGCUUGGCUCAUGUUCGACAUGGAGGAACUUGAGGAGAAAGUAACAAAACCCGCCGCAUAUCCGGUUAAUUCUGAGAAUGGCUGUGUAACUCUAUCGGAAAUUCAUUUUGCCGAGCUCCAAAGAACAAUACAAUCACUCAAGGCCCAAUUGGAGCAAAGAGAAUUGGCUUGUCUCUCGGCAAAGCAGCAAAUAGACGAAAUGAGAGAACAUGCACAUCGUCUUGUUUUGGAUGACGAACCACAGCCUUUAAAGGAGAGAAGCGUAAAAAGUGUCUCCUGUGAUAUUGACAAAGGUUAUUUCAAUACCUACAGUCAUUUUGCCAUUCAUCAUGAAAUGUUAACGGACAAGGUCCGAACGGAAAGCUAUCGUGAUGCUCUAUUAAUGAAUUCGCACACUUUCCAUAAUUGUUUGAUGUUGGACGUUGGUUGUGGGACGGGAAUUCUUUCCAUGUUCGCUGCAAAAUCUGGAUGUCGAAAAGUCAUCAGCAUCGAUCAAUCGGAAAUUAUUUAUCAAGCUAUGGAUAUUGUCAGGGAAAAUAAUCUCGACGAUGUGAUAACAUUGAAGAAGGGACGAUUAGAAGAUAUUGAAUUAGAUAUUGACAAAGUUGACGCGAUCGUCUCCGAGUGGAUGGGAUAUUUUUUACUCUUCGAGGGAAUGUUAGAUACGGUCGUUUACGCCAGAGAUCAUUAUCUUUCACCUGGGGGGAAACUUUUACCGAAUCGAUGUACUCUCAGCAUAGUUGGAAGUGGAGAUACCAAACGUUACGUGGAUCUCGUGGAUUAUUGGUCGAAUGUUUAUGGAUUUAAAAUGAGUUGCAUGAAAGCGGAAGUAAUAAGAGAGGCGAGUAUUGAAACUUGCAAUCCUCAGGAAUUGAUAACUAGCGUUGCCCAACUUCAAUCAUUCGAUCUUUACACCGUUGACACGAAUUGCGUCAAUUUUUCAUCGCCAUUCGAAUUGACGGUGAAAAAAACCGGAUCAUUAACUGCCAUUGUUGGAUAUUUCGAUGUGUUCUUCGAUUUGGACAAUCCAAUAUCCUUUAGUACUGGACCACAAUCAACUCCCACGCACUGGAAACAGACUGUCUUCUCCCUCAGCGAACCAAUUAGUAUAUCUGAAGGUGAGACAGUUAGUGGAAAAUUAAUUUGCCGAAGGCACGUUAAGGACAUUCGCGGAUUGAUAAUCACAAUUCAGCUGAAAAACACCAGUCAGGUUUAUCAUUUAGAUUAAAAAUUAAAAGUUAAAUAAGAAAAGUAAUUUUAAGACACUUUCAAUCACAUUUAAACAGUUAAGAAAUAGUGUCAUUCAAAUUUGAAAUUAUAACAAUUCUCAGAGUUUUAUUUUCCGGUACUUUAGUUAUUGGAAAUUUAUUCUUUGACGAUAAUGUUAUUGUUUCUGUAAUAUAAUUUUUUUAAAAAAUGAAUUCAUUAAAUUAUUAGUUUUUAAGUGAAUUUAUUAAGUUAUUAUUUUUUAACUGAAUUAAUUUCAUUAUUCAUCAAUUAUGAAUAUAUAAUUAAAAAUAUUGUAAUAUAUUCUUUAAAUUUUUAGUAUUCUUAAUUAAUUAAUCCAGAAAUGUAAUUUUGGUACAUUUUUCAUUUUAUACAGCAAAUUUGCCAUUUAUCGUCAUAUUUAAUUUUUGAUUCUAAAAUCAAUGGAUAAAAAAUAAAAUACAGAUGAUAAAAAAUGAGAAUUUAAUUUCAAAAUUGAAUAGCCAAAAAUGCUUCUGAAUUUAGAAACUAAAAAAAAAAGUUUUUGAUAGCUAAUUUCUAGGCAAGUAGAAUUUCCCAAGCUUGAUAAAUUUAUGGAAUUGCCACAAAAAAUUAUUUAAAAUAUUUUUCUAAGCUUCUUUUAUUUAUUUUACAAAUAUUAUUUCCACAAUUUUUAAAGCAAUGCUUAAAACUCUCUUCCACUUUAUGUGCCUUUAGAUAAUAAUAAUAUUAAUGAAACAAGAAAAAAAAAUAUAUAAAAAAGCUUUGUACAUAGAAAAACGCAACAAAAUUAAUCGUUGCACAAGCACAGGUUGUAAAAGCUUUUUUUUUCCAAGGAAAAUGCACAAUUUUACUCGCA